GUCGGAUGCUGCUUUGUGGGCGUUACUUCCUGUAGUCUUUUGCAUGCGAUUUUUUUCUUGUAAACUGCUUGUGUAUAUGUUAAAAGCGAGACUGGAGGAACUAACGGAUUUAACUGACUCUCCCUCAUCCGGACGCACCGCCAGCGGGGAGAUGACGCGGCCCUCCUGUGCUGCCACUUCGCAUUGAACUGGAGUUUACACUUCCUGUCAUCUUCUGUGGAUGAGCCGGAGCCGGAGACCAUCAUCUGGACAUGGCAAGCCCACACCCGGCUGAUCUAUCGCUGGCCUGGGAGAAGUACUUGGACUGUCGCUCUCAGGGAGCAGAUCUGCAGGUGAUUCUUCAGUGCUUGGAGAGUUUUCUGUGUCUGUUCCACUGUGUGCGACACAUCAGUGAGCCGAGAGGAAAAGAUGCGCUGAAGUUCUGCUCGGACAUGAGUGGGGCCAGCAACACCCUGGCACGGGAGUUCCUGACGGAUGUGCACCAGUUGUGCAGUGCGGUGGCCCAACGGGCCGAGGACGAGGAGGAGAGUCACAUGGUGGCCCUGGGGGAGUACCUGGUGAGGGGACGUGGCUUCCUGCUCCUCAGCACCUUGAACUUUGUUAUUGAUCAGGAGUUGACCUGUCGGGAAGAACUUCUAACACUGUUGUUGUCUCUGCUACCUCUGGUCUGGAAGAUUCCUGUACAGGAGGAGAAAGCCCCAGAUUUCACCCUGCCUUCACUACUAGAGGUGUUUCUGUGCCAUGAGGGAAGGACCAUUUCUCUUAAGGCGGGGCAAGAAAAAUGUGAUGUGCAGAACUCUGGGAAACGUUUAUCUGGCUCGUGGAAGUCACGGCGGUCACGCAGAACAGCUCAGCGAUACUCUGUAAGGGAUGCACGCAAAUCUCAGCUUUCCACGUCGGAUUCCGAAGCCAACUCUGAUGAUAAAACCACACACGGUGGGAGCAAACAUCGACGUUUUCACAGUUCGACUAUCCGUGUUAGUUGCCAGCUUCACCAGUCCAACAUUCCAUCUCAAGCAUCAUCACAACGUCUUACUCAUGAUACCAUGAGCACUGUUGAGCGAUCUCAACCUCACAUAAGGUCGUUUGGCUCCCACACACUGGACGCUAACAUGCUAACAGACCCCACAGCUCUCUCGAUCUUCAACCGCAUGGAGAACUCGCCCUUUGACCUUUGCCAUGUUCUGCUUUCUCUUCUUGAAAAAGUUUGCAAAUUUGACAUGACCAUCAAUCACAACCCAGGCCUGGCCGUCAGUGUUGUUCCCACACUCACAGAGAUAUUGGCAGAGUUUGGUGACUGCUGCGGACCCGGUGGCGGUGGUGGUGGGGUUGAUGAGCUGGCUGGAGGCUGGACCGAGGAACCAAUUGCACUUGUUCAGAGAAUGCUUUUACGCACCAUUUUGCACUUAAUGUUUGUGGAUGUGGGUCAAAACGAAACACUGCCUGAUAAUCUGCGUCGAAGCCUGACUGACCUCCUCAGAGCCACAUUAAAAAUCCGUGCCUGUCUAGAAAGGCAAGCCGACCCUUUUGCUCCGAGACCGAAGAAGACUCUGCAGGAAAUACAGGAGGAUUUUUCCUUUUCGAGGUACCGUCACCGGGCUUUGCUACUGCCAGAGCUCCUUGAGGGUGUCAUACAGCUACUGCUGGGUUGCUUGCAGGUCUCGGCUCACAACCCUUUUUUCUUCAGUCAGUCUCUUGAGUUAGUUCACGAGUUUGUUCAACACCGUGGCCUGGAGCUGUUCGAGGUGACUGCUCUGCGCCUUGAAGAUUUAGCAGGAGCCCGAGAUACAGAGGUCGGCAUUGAAGCGUCUGAGCGUCUGCGUUGUCUGAUAGCUGGUGUGCUUAAGAUCAUCAGUGCGGUCAAGAGGGCCAAGUCAGAGCAGCUACACCAGUCCGUAUGCGCACGUCGUCGGCACCGUCGGUGCGAAUACUCCCAUUUCUUGCACCAUCAUCGUGACCUCUCUGGAUUGCCCGUGUCAGCUUUCAAGCAGGCAGCCCGACGGAACCCCUUUGAGGAGGACUCCGAAGGACGUGAUGGAGAAUUGCGAUACCCUGAACGCUGCUGCUGCCUUGCGGCUUGUGCCCACCAAUGUUUGCGUCUGCUCCAGCGCCUCUCACCCUCAGGUCCCGCUGUGCUUCAGGUGCUGGCAGGAGUGCAAGCGGUCGGCAUCUGUUGCUGUAUGGACCCCAGGUCUGUCAUAGGGCCUUUGCUUCAAGCCUUUCAGGCCCCAGGACUGCGAAGUUACCAGUCUCACGUGCUCAGUGUGCUCAGUAGGCUCGUCUUAGAACAACUCGGAGGUGGUCAACCGUCCGAAAAAGCUAAACUUUCCUCAUGUAACAUCUGUACUUUGGAUAGCAGUCAGUUUCCGGGUCUUGAAGAGACUUUGCAAAGCUGUGGACCUGGGAAAGAUUCUAACUUAUCAACGUCACCAUGUCCCUCUUAUCGCUCCCAAGGUAUACUGCCCAGCGGAGGAGCUGAAGACAUGCUGUGGAAGUGGGACGCUUUAGAGGCCUACCAGGAGCUUGUGUUUGGGAAUGACUGGCAGUUGAGUCAACAGAUUGCCGGUCACGUAUGUCAGCUGACUUUGAGGGGCAAUGCAGUAGUGCAGUGGCAACUUUACACUCAUAUUUUCAACCCUGUGCUUCAGCGAGGUGUGGAGCUUACCCAUCAUGCUCAGCAGCUUGGUGUGUCAACUACAUGUAGCCAGAUCUGCAGCUAUCAUACCCACUGUCUUCCUGUCGACGUACUCCUGGUUUAUCUUCAAACCCUGCCUGCUUUGCUAAAGUCAAGCCGGGUGGUGCGUGAUCUGUUCCUGAGCUGUAAUGGACUGAACCAAGCCACAGAGUUGAUCCACUUGGACUUCACUCGUCCAUGGGCGCUGGAAGUGUUUGAGACAUUGAUCUUGCAUGCGGGGCGUCAUCCUGCAGAAACUGCCGCACAGGAGCAAGAAAGAGCUGAAGCCCAGGAGAGAGAGGCUAUCCUCGGACUCAUGGAGGAACUGGGUUCACGUGGGGCUGGCGACAGCCCACAGAGCCUCAUUAAGUUUUAUGAAGGACUUAAAGAAGCGUGCCCACAGCCGAAGGGCAAAAGUGGAAAAGUUUCCUUCUCCGGAAUGAGCCGUAACCGAGGUGAAACGCAUUUGAACACAGUCAACCUUUUUCUGUGUGUGGCCUUCCUGUGCGUAAGCAAAGAGGCAGACUCUGACAGAGACUCUGCCAAUGACUCCGAGGAUACCUCGGGUUAUGACAGCACAGCUAGUGAACCGCUGGGUGGGCGUCUGCCUUGCCUCUCCCCGGACAGUGUUGCUCUCCCUUCCAAAGAGCAGGUGAGGAGGGCUGCUGAUGUCUGGUCGGUGUGCCGUUGGGUGUACAUGUCAAGUCCGGUUUUCCAGAGGCAGUUUUUCAGACUGGGUGGACUGGAUGUGUGUUCACGCCUCAUGACAAUGGUCAUCCAGAAGCUCACCUCUAAAAACAAAGACUGUAAUGUCAAGAAGAAGGGAGAGAAUAAAGGUAAAGCCAGUCUGUCCCACACCGACUCUCCCACUCAAGCUCUUACGACACAGGCAGAUGUUGUAGCAACAGCAGCAGGUACGGCUCAUGACCUUAAUGACACGUUGAGCCCCUCUCAGAUGGAGAGCAGGACGAGUGAUAAAGCACACCGGCUCGAAGAGGAAUGGCCCAUACAAAGCAUUCGACUGCUGGAGGCGCUUCUAGCGAUCUGCCUCCACAGCGCCAAUUCAGCCCUGCAGAGACUUGAAUCCGAAUUUUCCUUUCAGCUGCAGUCUGUGGAGGAGACCCUGUGUGAGGUGAGAGAUCAGCUCUCUCGCUCUGGAGUUGUGAGCUCUGAACUGGCCAUCCCUCUGUUUGAUACUUUGCUGCGAGUAGCGCAGGCGGAAAUGUUCUGCGAUCCAGAUGUCACAGAGGAGAAGCCUGAUAAGCAGAAGUGUCAGGUGAGCAGUGAGGUCGCUCCUCCAGCAGGUGAUCUGUCUGAGGAAACAGAUGAAACUCAGGUGAGCGCCGUCCCACCCUUGAGAGAGGAGGAAGGUUAUGACGCAGACAGUGAAAGUAAUCCUGAAGACUCCACCCGUCAGGAGGAAGGGAUAAAGGUGGAAGCCGGAGCAGCGCUGGAGGAAUGUGUAGUUGGGAUGGCAGGUGUGCCUCAGGGCUCCGGGCGCGGGCGAUUGCUGUUUCCGGAGAUCUGCUUGAUGGAGCUGCAGCUGCUAGCCAGUGGCUCACCAGAUCUGGAAGUUCUGGGUCAUGUGUUACGGAGUCUGUUAGGAGCCAUCAAAAGCCACAGCAGCAAUGCAGCGCUUCUGUACCAGCAGGGUGGAGUGAAAGUCGUUCUCACUGGAUUUCACAACAUUCUCAGCCAAUCAGAUGCCUGCUAUAAAGAGUGUCAGACGAUCCUCGUGGAGCUGCUGGUUACCAUGCUGAGUGACAGCAUCACUGCUGAAGAACUCGCCCUGUUGACCCGCCUCUUCUUGGAGAAGACUCCUCCCACUGAGAUCUUGCUAAGGGGAAUUCUCCAGAUUGUGGAGGCAAACUUUGAUACAGAACCUCUGUACUUCAUGCCCUUUCCCAUGAUCCUCGGCUCAGGGGCUGCGGGAGCGAGCUCCUCCCCUGGGAUGAGGCCCCACGGGACAGCUGGGAGUAAGAGUGGAGUAAACACACUUUUGAGGGGUAAAUUACCCUUAGGCAGAGGUGAUGGAGAGUCAGGCAGGCCGGGUCACCUCCGCACAUCACCCUGGCAUACAGCACCCUAUCACCUGCCCCUCAUGGGACAGAACUGUUGGCCUCACAUGGCCAGUGGCUUCAGUGCCACGCUAUGGGUACGAGUUGUGAAGGAUGAAGACGGACCAUCUAAGAGGGAAGAAGAGAUGCUGGUGACAGACGAGUCUCUGCAUGCUACUGCUCAUGUGAUGGAGCAGCAGGCAGAGAAAAACCUCACGCAUGUUCUCUCCAUGGGCUCUAAAGCUCUGAUGCUUCAGGUGUGGAUGAACAUCUCCACUAGAGCCUUCAUCUUCAGGGUCUGCAUGGAUCCGAAUGAUGAGAUGAAGGCGGGACUUCUGGCACAGGCGGAGUCAGGUGAGGGUGUGUUGACAGCAGGCAGGUGGCAGCAUCUGGCAUUCACGUACACGCAGCAGCCGGAGGGCAAGAAGAACAUUCGCGGUCAGCUGACUAUGUGGGUCUGUGGCGUCAGGAGGUGUGACGUCUUGCUGGACUUCACAUUACCCAGGAAGUCCAGUCUGUCAUCCGACAGUAAUAAGACCUACUGUAUGCUCGGACACGUUCAGCACCCCUCAGAGGAGCCUACCACCCCCAGUGCACGCUGGGAUAUGGGCACUCUGAUGCUUUUCAAUGGCUCCAGGAUAGACACUGCUGAAGCUUUUUAUUUGUACGCCAGCGGCCCUGACCUCACCUCCAUCAUGCCCUGCAAAUACGGGAAACCUCUCGGGACUCUGUCCAAGUAUGUGACGCAGGAGGGUCUUCAGUGUGAACAUAUACGAGAGCUCCUCAUGAGAAACACUGAAGUUGACAUCUCGCCUCUUACUGAGAGUUUAGCUGUAGUUUUUGCUCCAAGUACCCCGUCUCUCUACACCAUAUACGAGCCUGUCAUCCGUGUGAAGGGUCAGGCCAAGACAGCGGUGAUCUCCCAGCGACCCUUCAGUGCUAAAGAGGUCCAGAGCUCAGUGCUGGAGCCUCAGUUCCUCAGGACCGCGAUGCCCUGUAACGCUGUCGUCCUGCACAGCGUCCUGCACGAGAUUGGCGGCACAGGCUCCUUUGUCUUCCUGUUUGCUCGGGCAGUUGAAUUGAGCGAUUGUGAGACGACCCAAGCCCUCGCCCUUCAGCUGCUGCUGUCUCUGGUUAAAAACAAUCAACAUUGCGCACACGAGAUGGAGUGUUAUCACGGUUAUUCCAUGAUCCAUCAGGUUCUCAUCAAGCCUAAAUGCAUCGUGGGAUACCACAUUCUCAAGACACUGUUGGAUGGCUGCUGCAGUGAGUCUUUCCUCACGAUCAGAGAGGAUGGUCAGUUUCAUCUGGAUGUUGAAUCAACUGCAGUGGUGCAAGACCUUAGACUGCUGUCUGAAAUCCUGCUGGACUGGAAGAUAUGGGCUAAAGCUCAGUGUGGCGUGUGGGAGACGCUGUUGACCGCUCUUGAGAUCCUCAUUCGAGUGCGCCAUCCUCAGCAGAUGUUCAACAUCCGGCAGCUUCUGAAGGCCCAGGUGGUCCAUCGCUUUCUGCUCACCUGCCAGGUGCUUCAGGAGCAUCGGGACGAGUACCUGACCUCCAUCCCUCAGGAUGUCUGUCUGUCUUAUGUCAAAAUCAUCCAGGAGGUUUUGGGUUCACCUCCAGACCUGGACCUGUUGCGGCUGGUUUAUAAUUUCCUGUUGGCCGUGCACCCCCCCACCAACACUUAUGUGUGCCACACGCCCAGCAGCUUCUACUUCUCUCUACACAUCGACGGUAAACUUUACCAGGAGAAGGUUCAGUCCAUGAUGUACCUGCGACACUCCAGCAGUGGAGGAAAAUCAGUGUGCAGUUCUGUGAUUUCUCUCUCUCCCACGGUCUUCACAGACGUGUCAUCUGAAGCACAUCACCCUUCCUCCCCAGAGCACGCAGAUGAAGAUCAGUCACUGCGGCCCCCAAGCGUCGGUCCCUCUCCUCACUCGUCUCCAUCACUCACACCUCGACGGACACGCGGGAGCUUGACGGGGACGGCUGGGCCAGAGGAGGGCGUCUCCCAGGGCAGCACAGAGACCCUGAAACGGGACGAACAGCUUCUCAGCAGCUGUGAAUCAGCAAAGACCAUUUGCGACUCUCAGAACAUCAGCGCAGAGGAGGGCGUAAUCCGAACACCCUCCAUCAGCAUAGAGGAGGAGCCUGAUGGGCAGGCGGGCAGCCCAGUGGAGUCCGAAGAUCAUUUCGAUUUUGCGAGCGAGGACGCGCCACGGCGACCUGACAGCUUGAAGGGAAUCCAGUCAUUCCAGAGGAGUCACAGUAAUCUGGCGAGUUUGGGUUUGGCUUUUCCAGCACAGAACGGCGCUCUGGCGAUCGGACGCUGGCCCAGUGUGGCUGACCGGGCCGCCCCGCCGGACGACUGGGAGAGCUACACAUACUCGCCCGGUUAUGACAGAAACAGCAAGGCAGACUCCAGCAAUGACAGGUCCAGUGCAGAGGACUGUCUGAUUCUGAUCUGCUGUGGGUUGUAUGAUCUGUUAAGAGGAGUUCUGCUUCUUCUGCCAGACGUUCUGCUGGAGGAGGUGAUGGACAAACUCAUCCAUCCGGAGGCUCUCCUCGUACUGGUCAAUCACUCUUCUCCUCUCAUACAGCAGGGCGUCAUGAAGCUGUUGGAUGCGUACUUCAGCCGCGCUCAGAAGGAGCAGAAGGAGAAGUUUCUGAAGAACCACGGCUUCUCACUGUUGGCCAAUCAGCUGUAUAUCCACCAGGGCUCUCCCGGCCUGCUCGAGUGUUUUCUGGAAAUGCUGUUUGGUCGACCGGUUGGGCUGGAGGAAGAUCUGGAUCUGGAGGACAUGGAGAACAUCUCCCCGUUCCGGAAGCGUUGUAUUAUACCUUUGCUGGGUCUUCUGGAGAACUCUCUGUACGAGAACUCACUAGUGCACAACAGUCUGUGUGUGCUGUUACAGCUCCUCAACACCUGCCCGAAGCUCGCUGACAUCCUGCUGGAUCACGGCCUGCUUUAUGUGCUCUUCAACACGCUCUCAACGCUCAACGGACUGGAGAACGGGAUUCCUCCCAAUGAUUAUAAGCUGGUGGUUUGUGAUGUUCAGCAGCUGUUGGUGGCGGUCACCAUCCACUCCUGUAGUUCCUCUGGUUCUCAGUACUUCCGCAUUAUUGAGGACCUCAUCACGCUGUUGGGCUACAUGCAGACCAGCAAAGUUCGUCGCACUCAGGAAAUGGCCAUGGCUCUGCAGUUUCGGACGAUCCAGGCUGCCAUUGAUUUCAUCAAGACUACGGCCAAUCAGGACCCUCAGAAAUCUAGCGGCUAUGUGCACGUCCCCACCUCACCACAUCACGCUCUCCAGCAGAAGCGCAAGAGCAUCGCAGGUCGAAGGCGGUUCUCGCUGGCCCAGUCGGACUCGUUGCUGACGCGAAUGCGCUCCGUGGCCAGCGAUGAACUUACGCAGAUGAUGCAGCGCAGGAUGAGUCAGGAGAACCCCAUCAGAGCCAGCGAGACGGAGUUAGUCCAGCGACUGCAGAGGCUUGUGGUUCUGGCUGUUAACAGAUUCAUCUAUCAAGAAAACAACCAGGAUUUCUUUGACCUCCUGAACUUCCCUGAGUCUCCUGAACACCAGGCGUCCAUGCAGUUGCCUUUCGAACAGACGACCGAGGAGACGCCAUCCACCCCAACCCAGCCAGGAAACACGAAGACCUUCCGCAAAGACGUUCUUAAACUCAUGAUGGAGGGCAUAAAGAUCAGUUUGGGCAGCUCCGGCCGUGGCGGCGCUCCUCGCCAGCAGUGGAAGAGAAUCCUGUGGUCCUGUCGCGACACAUUCAGAGUCCAGAUCGGCCGUGUGCUGGUCCACAUGCUCAGUCCUGCAGUUCCUCUGGAAGACAGGAAGGAGGCGCUAGAGUUUGUCCAUGAGCAAAGGUACUCUGAGAUCCUCAGAGAAUGCCUCAGUCCCGCGCUGGAGCACGGACCCAAACUGGCUCUGUAUCUGUACGAGCUGUUACACGAUCACAGAGACGCUCUGAGCAGAGAAGAGCAGGCCGCUGGAAACACCUUCAUGACAGCUCUGAAACUGUGUGGUCACCGCUGUAUCCAACCUAACGUUCCAACCAAACCAGACCUCCUGAAAGCCAUCAGAGAGGAACAAUUGAAAUAUGAAUCGGAGGCAAAAACCAGCAAAGGAGCUUGGGAAAAGAAGCUGGCUAACACUCAGAGGAGUCUGCUGCAGAGGUUGGAAGGGAAGUCGAAGGACAUCUCGAAGAUCGCAGCGGACAUCACUCAGAGCGUGUCUCUGAGACAGGGCAUGGAGAGGAAGAAAGUCAUGCAGCACAUCAGAGGCCUGUAUAAGACGGACCUGAGCGCCAGCCGACACUGGCAGGAACUGGUCCAACAGCUGACUCACGACAGGGCGGUUUGGUACGACCCGUCGUCUUACGCCACCUCAUGGCAGCUGGAUCCCACUGAAGGGCCAAACCGAGAGAGGAGACGCCUGCAGCGCUGCUACCUGACCAUCCCCAACAAAUACCUGCUCAAAGACAGACGCAAACUUGACGAUGCCAUCAAAACUCCACUGGCCUUCCUGUUUGAGGAUAAAACUCACUCUUCCUCAUCCAUCGUGAAGGACAAAGCCACCAGCGAACCCAUCAGGUUCACCAGAAGAUGUGUAAGUGUGGCGCCCUCUAGAGAGACUGCAGGAGAACUGUUGCUCGGGAAGUCUGGGAUGUUCUUUGUGGAGGAGAAUGUAGUCGAGACUCAUGAGAAUCCGACACCUCAUGGAGAGACGGAGCCCGCUUCCUUCUCGUGGACGUAUGAGGAGAUAAAGGAGGUGCACAAGCGCUGGUGGCAGCUCAGAGACAACGCUGUGGAGAUCUUCCUCACCAACGGCAGGACGCUGCUGCUCGCGUUUGACACCACAAAGUUCCGCGAUGACGUCUAUCAAAACAUCCUGACCUCAAAUCUGCCCAACCUGCUGGAAUACGGCAACAUCAGCGCACUGACGCACCUGUGGAGCUCAGGACAGAUAACUAACUUCGAGUACCUCACCCAUCUCAACAAGCACUCCGGCCGCUCGUUCAAUGACCUCAUGCAGUAUCCUGUCUUUCCCUUCAUCCUGCGGGACUACGUCAGCGAAACUCUGGACCUGCAAGACACCUCCAUUUAUAGGAACCUCAGCAAACCCAUCGCGGUGCAAUCCAAAGAGAAGGAAGACCGUUAUGUGGACAAUUACAGGUAUCUGGAGGAGGAGUUUAGGAAGGGCAAGAGAGAGGACGACCCCAUGCCGCCCGUUCAACCCUAUCACUACGGCUCUCACUACUCUAACAGCGGCACGGUGCUGCACUUCCUCGUCCGUCUGCCUCCCUUCACAAAGAUGUUCCUGGCCUAUCAAGACCAGAGCUUUGAUAUUCCUGACCGAACGUUCCACUCCAUGAACACCACGUGGCGUCUCUCGUCAUUCGAGUCUAUGACGGAUGUUAAAGAGCUGAUCCCAGAGUUCUUCUACCUGCCCGAGUUUCUGGUCAACAGAGAAGGUUUUGACUUUGGCGUGCGUCAGAACAGCGAGCGGGUGAAUCACGUGAACCUGCCGCCCUGGGCCCGGAACGACCCGCGACUCUUCAUCCUGAUUCACAGACAGGCUCUGGAGUCGGAUCAGGUCUCUCAGAUGCUGUGUCAGUGGAUCGACCUGGUGUUCGGACUCAAGCAGAAGGGCAAAGCUGCAGUUCAUGCCAUCAAUGUUUUCCAUCCUGCGACUUACUUUGGCAUGGAUGUGUCUGCUGUUGAAGAUCCAGUGCAGCGUCGAGCUCUAGAGACCAUGAUAAAAACAUACGGCCAGACCCCCAGACAGCUGUUUAGCGCCUCCCACGUCAGCCGAGCCGUCAGUAAGCUCAUUUCUGACGGAGAACUGCCUGCAGCCAUGGGUCUCCUAGUGCAACUGGCCUUCAGAGAGACCCGGGAGCAGCCCAAAGACGCCGUCUAUCCGAGUCCUCUGCCGUGGAUAAAGGGCUUGAAAUGGGGCGAGUAUGUGGGUUCCCCCAGCGCUCCAGACCCAGUGGUCUGUUUCAGUCAACCUCACGGCGAACGCUUCGGCUCUCUGCUGGCCCUGCCCACACGCGCCAUCUGCGGCCUGUCUCGCAACUUCUGCCUCAUGAUGAUCUACAGCAAGGAGCAAGGUGUCAGGAGCAUGCACAGUACAGACAUUCAGUGGUCGGCCAUUCUCAGCUGGGGCUACAGUGACAACAUGCUGCGUCUGAAGAGCAAACAGAGCGAGCCGCCCAUCAACUUCAUUCAGUGCUCACCGCUGCUCCAGGUGACUAGCUGCGCCUGGGUACCGGACAGUUGUCAGCUGUUUACUGGCAGCAAGUGCGGAGUCAUUACCGCCUACAGCAACUGCUUCACCACCACCAUGCCGACAGAGAUGGAGGUGGAGUCUCAGGUUCAUCUGUACGGUCACACGGCGGAGGUCACGGGCCUGUUCGUCUGUCAACCCUACAGCAUCCUCAUCAGUGUCAGCAGAGACGGCACCUGCAUCCUGUGGGAUCUCAACAGGUUUUGUUAUGUGCAGAGUCUGACGGGUCAUAAGAGUCCAGUGAACGCAGUGUCAGCCAGUGAGACCACCGGAGACAUCGCCACUGUUUGUGAUUCAGUGGGUGGAGGAAGUGAUUUACGACUCUGGACCAUUAACGGAGAUUUGAUUGGUCACGUUCAUUGUCGUGAGAUCAUCUGCUCGGUGGCAUUUUCCAAUCAGCCGGAGGGCGUGUCGGUGAACGUGAUCGCUGGAGGUCUGGAGAACGGUGUGGUCAGAUUAUGGAGCACAUGGGACCUGAAGCCUGUCAGAGAAAUCACCUUCCCCAAGUCUAACAGGCCUAUCAUAAGUCUUACCUUCUCGUGUGACGGACAUCACUUAUACACGGCCAACAGUGACGGGACCGUGAUCGCAUGGUGCAGACGAGACCAGCAGCGCAUGAAGCUGCCCAUGUUUUACUCUUUCCUCAGCAGCUACGCCGCAGGCUGAUUCUCAGCCCGCCAAUACCCAUAAUCCUCCACAGGACAGAUGCUCGGAGCGAUCCCGCUGACCCAUGAAGAGGAGAGGCCGGCAUGCACAAAGCUCCGCCCGCGACACCAUUCUCUGUUCCCUUAAAAGUCAUGGGAAUGCACACGCAUGAGCAGACUUGCUGUUGUGCUUCUGUAACAGAGAGAAUGAAAGAUUUCUACACAUGAUCCCGGAUCAUUUCUCAAAUCUUCCUUUUGUUUGUUUGUAUUGUUUCGCGUUUAGUGUUGUUUGAUUUUGAAUGCUGCUACAGUCUGGCCCGUCCAGGCUACACGCUCGAGGGCAUGAUUGUCUUUUCUACCUUUUGUCUUGCGUCUCGCUGACCAUUCAGAUGCUUAUGAGAACAGAAAUGCCGAACCGUUCAAAGGUCUAUGAGCAGCUGCGCAGACCUCCGCAUGCGUGAUGUCAUGAAUGUGUGUGCAUGUCAAGAGUAACACUUGAACUCCUGCUCUGUUUUUGUGUUGCUGUGCACAUUUAUUUAUUCUCAAUCCAGGAUAAAGACACAAUCUCCUGUUCUUGAUUCAUGAAUGCACUUGAGACGGAUGAGUGUGUUGAGGGGACCAGUAUAUGGUACUUAGAUUCAUUUUAGGUUAUUAUACAACAUUCUUUACUAUUCUAUACUGUUCUACUCUUUUUCUGUAUGUUUGGUAAUAAAUUAUAUUGUGUUGCAUGUUGUGUGUUGAAUAGUUUUGUCACCCAUCGUCCACUAACACUUAAGGAUGAUGUUGGGUGACAUUCACAGGACGAUCACAGAGAGAGAGAGAGUUUAUGUUUCUGUUUGAUUUAGUUUGUUUUUAUGUUUCUAUUUAAGCACCUUUGAAUGCAAUAAAAGUCACCUGAGCAGUGUUAUUCUACAUCACACAGUCUGAUGUUACAGACGAGUUAAGUGUCACCUGCUCUAAAUUCAGAAGUAAUGAUGAAACUGAAUCAGACGGAGAACCAGAGGUGAUCGUUGACUUUGUGUUUGUUAAUAACUGUGUUUUUCACAAAUGUAUUAAUUUCCUCACUAGUUAAUCUUUAGUGAUAUGUUUUGUCAGAAAUGGAACGUCUUCUUCUCUUUCCUCCACACUACAGAGUGUGUGAUGUUGAAUGUCAGAUCCAGAAAGUGAGCACUUCAGACUCGGUUCAGUAGUUAAGGAGAACUCGUCUGCUGAAUACAGGCCCACUGGUCAUUUGACUGUUUUGUGUUUAAAUCUUCACGCUUGCAUCACAUGUGUAUAUGUCAUCAUUGUUGUGCACAGUAUUGUCGUGCUUGAACAGAUCGCAUUCCUCUGAAACAGAAUGUGUGUGAGUUACUGACUGCAAUGUUACGUGAGCGUGUACAGAAAAGAUGAGUUGUUUGCGUGUUUAAGCAAAAGUUAGUUUAACAGCGAUUUUUUUCAGACUGAUGUUUUCAUGAAGGCCUGGCUGGGAGAUUUAUUCCCUUUUUUUUUGUUGUUUUGUAUUUAUGAAAUGUAAUAAAUUGUGACCUAUAUAUAUAUGUAAUAUUAAUAUAAAUAUUCAAGACAUUUUGGACCCUU